AUGACGGAUACAGGAAACCUCACUGUUUUCUCUAGCUUCAUCCUCUUGGGUUUGUCUGAUGCCCCAGAGCUACAAACCACCAUUUUCACAGUCUUCUUCUCCCUCUAUGUUUUCAUGGUGCUGGGGAACCUGACAAUGAUCCUGCUGAUCAACACUGACCCCCACCUCCACAUCCCCAUGUACUUCUUCCUGACUCACUUAUCUUGCAUGGAUGUUUGCCUUUCCUCCGCUAUCAUCCCAAAAGCUCUGGAGACCUUCCUGCUGGGGGGAAGCCACAUCUCCUUUUGGGGUUGCUUUGCUCAGAUGUAUAUUUUCAUGGCUCUGGCUACCAGUGAGAGCUUCCUGCUUGGGGUAAUGGCUUAUGACCGAUACACGGCUGUGUGCAAGCCCCUGCUCUACACCACUACCAUGACCAGGGCGCGUUGCUAUGGCAUGAUGGUGCUGGUGUACAGCAUCGGGUUCCUCACCUCCCUGGUGCACAUCACGCUGGCAGGGAGGUUGUCCUUCUGUCAGGCCAGGAGCAUCAACCACUUCUUCUGUGAGCUGCCCACCCUCCUGCAGCUCUCCUGCUCAGACACAAGCACAAAUGAGUCACAUCAGUGA